AUGAGGGAGAUUGCUGAAGGUUACAUUGUUGACACUAUCAAGAUUCAAGAACGCCAUGAUGCCACCAAGGAUGCUGGGGUAAUUGCUGAUAUAAAUGUUAUGCAUUUUAUCAAUGAGCUGACCGCUGCUGCUAUUGCAUAUGGUCUUGACAAGAAGGCUACCAGCGUUGGUGAGAAGAAUGAGGGUAUCUUUGAGGUCAAGGCCACAGCUGGUGACACUCACCUUGGUGGUGAGCUAUAUCCUGUUGCCUAUGAUGCUGCUGUCCAGGCUGCCAUCUUGAGUGGUGAGGGCUAUGAGAAGGUUCUGGACUUCCUGCUGUUGAAUGUUACUCCACUUUCUCUUGGUCUGGACACGGCUGGAGGUGUCAUGACCUUUCUGAUCCCGAGGUACACUACCAUCCCCAGCAAGAAGGAGCAGAAGAUCUCCUCCAAGCUCGACGCAGCUGACAAGAAGAAGAUUGAGGACGCAGUUGAUGGCACCAUCCAGUGGCUUGAUGGCAACCAGCUUGCUGAGGCUGACGAGUUUGAGGACAAGAUGAAGGAGCUCGAGGGCAUCUGCAACCAUAUCAUUGCCAAGAUGUACCAGGGUGCUGGUGUUGACAUGGCCUGUGGCUUGGACGAGGAUGCACCAUCUAGAGGUAGUGGCGCUGGCCCAAUGACUGAGGAGGUAGACUAA